CCAUCUCUCCCAUUUUUUUUUGGUGAGCGGUGGUCAAAAAAAAUUGAAAAAAAGAAAAAAAAAAUUUUAUUUCAAAUUCAUCGAAUUGUCGAUUGAUCUUUCUUUUCAAUAUCUAUAUCUAUCAAUUGAAUUAGUAUUUAUUAAACAUGAUUAUUUUCACAGACGUUGUUUCCGGAGACGAAUUAUUAUCCGAUGCCUAUGAUGUCAAAUUAGUUGACGGUGCUGUCUACGAAGCUGAUUGUGACAUGGUCACUGUCUCUGAAGGUGAUGUUGAUAUUGGUGCCAAUCCAUCUGCUGAAGAUGCUGAAGAUGAUCUUGAAAGUGGUGCUGCCACCGUUAACAAUGUUGUCUACUCUUUCAGAUUACAACAAACUUCUUUUGAUAAGAAGUCUUUCUUAACUUAUAUUAAAGGUUACAUGAAGAGAAUUAAGGCUCAUUUAGCUGAAAAUGAUCCAGAAGCUGUUGAAGCUUUUGAAAAAGGUGCUAGUACUUAUGUUAAGAAAGUCAUUGCCAACUUUGGUGAUUGGGAUUUCUACACUGGUGAAUCAAUGGACCCAGAUGCCAUGGUUGUUUUAUUAAACUACCGUGAAGAUGGUACUACUCCUUAUGUUGCCGUCUGGAAACAUGGUAUUAAAGAAACCAAAGUUUAAGAGAACUAAACCCCCAUUGGAUUUCUCUUUUAGUUUUAUUUCUUAUACUAAGGUUUAUAUUUUAAGAUUACACAAAU